AUGAAGAUAUAUUUGUCACUGAAUGGCUUCUGCCAUGACUUUAUUUUGUUCUUUCUUUCGUUCGUUCUUUCUUUAAUUUCUUUUCUUCUUUCUGUUUUUAUCUUCAUUUCUCCACUUUGUACAUUCUUGGCUGCCUUUUCCAUCUCUCUCUCUCUCUCUUUCUUUCUUUCUUUCUUUUUUUCUUUCGUCCAGUUCUGUUUAUAUUUCUUUUAUCACCUUUCUUACGAUCUUUUUGACUUUCUUUCUUUCUUUCUUUUCUUUCUUUCAUUUAUAUCUUUACUUUUUUCUUCAAAUCUUGAGAGUCUUUCUUUUUUCCUUUCAUUUCAUUCUUCCUUUUUUACUCAUCUGUUUAUCGUUCUUGGCCUUUCCGUCUUUUCUUUCAUUCGUUUUUCUUUCUUUCUUUUUAUAUUUUUAUUAUCGACUUUCUUUACCGUUUUCAACUGUUUUUUCUUUUAUAUCGCUCAUUUUUCUUCAUAUCUUGACAUUCUUUCUUUUUUAUUCUUUCAUUUCUUCCUUUCUUUCUUUCUUUCUUUCAGUUGUUCAAUAGUCUCUUCUUGGGCUUUCCGUCUUUUCUUUCUUUCUUUCUUCAUUUAUUUAUUUAUUUAUUGUCGUUUACUUUUUAUUUUCGUUUACUUUUUAUUUUCAUUUUACUUUUAUUCUUCCUUUCUUUAA